AUGGCACCACCACCGAAAAACAACACUUCGAAACGAAGCGCGCAGAACCACGACGCGCGCCCCGGGUCGCCGCAACCGCUCGUCUCCCCGAACUCGCUCUCUUUGAGUGCGAGCAAGAAACACAAACGAAACAACAGCGCCGUCGCGAUGAUGGAAAAUGUGAAACCAUCGAUUUCCCCGGAGUCGAUGAUGAUGCUCAUGGACGACGGAGACGAGGAAAGAGGACAAAAUCUGGAAGACGACGAGAACGACGCGUCUCGAAACGAGACGUUCGAUGCGGUGGUGAAAGUCUACGCGGUGCACACGGAGCCAAACUAUUCUUUGCCGUGGCAAAGAAAAAGGCAGAUGCCUUCGACGAGCACAGGUUUCGUCGUGGAAGGGAAACGGAUAUUGACGAACGCGCACUCGGUCGAGCAUUCGACGCAAGUUAAGUUGAAAAAGAGAGGGUCGGAUAAGAAGUUUAUAGCUAAAGUGUUGGCGAUUGGAACGGAGUGCGAUUUGGCGUUGUUAUCGGUGGAAGACGAAAAGUUUUUCGAAAACAUCACGCCGUUGAAGUUGGGCGCGUUGCCAAAGUUGCAAGAUAGCGUCACCGUGGUCGGGUACCCGAUUGGUGGGGUUGCGAUAUCUGUUACGAGUGGUGUUGUGAGUAGAGUCGAAGUGACUCAAUACGCGCACGGCGCGACUGAAUUGUUGAGUCUACAGAUUGACGCGGCGAUUAACAGCGGCAACAGCGGAGGACCGGCGUUCAACUCUAAAGGGAUGGUGUGCGGCGUCGCGUUUCAGAGUUUAAAACACGACGAUGCCGAAAAUAUCGGAUACGUUAUUCCAACUCCAGUCAUUACGCAUUUCGUGCGAGACUACGAGUUGAAUAAAAGAUACACUGGCUUUCCGGCGCUCGGAUGCGACUUUCAAAAAUUGGAAAACGCCGAUUUGAAGAGAUCGAAGAAAGUCCCCGAAGGCGAAAGCGGCGUUUUGUUACGAAAAUUGGAGCCAAUCUCAAAUUCUGCAAAAUCUGGACUGAAAACAGGCGACGUGCUGCAAAAUUUUGACGGCGUUGCCGUUGCGAGCGACGGUACUGUUCCGUUUCGAGCUGGCGAACGUAUCUCGUUUUCCCACUUGGUGUCCAAAAAGUUCGUCGGCGAAAACGCAGAAAUAGAAAUUUUACGAGACGGUAAACCGAUGAAAUUCUCCGUCCCGAUGGAAAACAAGAAACGAUUAGUUCCAGUACACAUGGAAGGUAAAACGCCGGAAUAUUUUAUCAUCGCCGGUCUCGUAUUUACGACUGUUUCGUGUCCGUAUUUGAAGUCAGAGUUUGGAAAGGACUGGGAGUACGACGCUCCCGUUCAACUCUUAUCGCGAAUGUACUUGAAAGAUAUGACCGAACCAGACCAAGAACUCGUGAUAUGCUCGCAAGUCUUAGCGCACGAAAUCAACAUCGGCUACGAGGAUUUCUCCAACCUCGCGGUGGAAAAAUUCAACGGCAAACCGAUUAAAAAUCUCAAACAGUUAGUCGACCUCGUCGAAUCCUGCUCCGAGGAGUAUUUGACGUUUGAGUUAGACAUGAAAACGCUCGUCGUUUUAGACAACGAAAAAGCGAAGCAAUCCACGAGAGAAAUUUUAGACGUGCACGCGAUCCCAAGCGACAAGAGUAAGAAUUUGUUUUCCUAG